CUUAAUAAAAUUAUGUAAAUAAAUAAAAAUUAUCGAAAGGAAAGAAAAAAAUUAUAAUCAAAAUGAGGACGGAAGGAGUAACAUUUUUUAUUUAAAAUUUGACAUAAUAUUUUAAUAAAUUGAAUUAAAAAUAAUUUAAAUCCAAAAUUCAUAAAGUGAAAUGAAAAGUUAUUUUAGGAUGGAGGGAUUAUUCUAAUGGGGCCCGUUAAAUUAAUUAAGGUUAGCAGAAGCGCCAGUAGCAAGAAAGGGGUCGUGGGGAUGAGCUUCACGCGCGCUCCAAUCUCCUCAAUCGCCGCCAAUCUUUCUUUCUUCCAAUCAAACCCGACCCGACACCCAUUUUCACGUUUCUUCCUCAGCUUGAAUCACCGGCGCAGACACAUUUCCGUUUCCGCCAUCUCGUGCUCGCCGAAGCUUCAAACGCCGCUGUAUCUGCGGCCGGCGUCUUUCAGCGCCGCCCUGUCCGAUCUGAAAAGAUGGCACCUUUGGGCCGAAACCCUAGCUUCUUCCGUGGGCUCUACGUUCCUGGUCCAGGACAACGGCCCGGACUCGGCGCUCCUUCUCAGAGAGCUCAAAUGGCUGGUGGAAGACGCGGUUCAGACGCCGGAAGCACUGCUCUCCUCCGAUUGUCAUUCCACUCCGGUGUCGAUAAGGGCGUGUUUGGACGAUCUUUAUUCUCUCUGGAAACAGAGGGUAGAGGAAAGAAGGCCAUUCCAGUAUGUGGUUGGGUGUGAGCACUGGAGAGAUUUGGUUUUGGGUGUUCAAGAAGGUGUUUUGAUACCCAGGCCUGAGACUGAGCUGAUUGUGGAUUUGGUGGAAGAUGCUGUCGAGGAAGAUGAUCGAUUGAGAAAUGGGCUCUGGGCUGAUUUGGGCACCGGAAGUGGUGCUCUUGCUAUUGGGCUCGCUAGGAUUUUGGGCCCGUCCGGAACCGUUGUUGCCAUCGACUUGAGCCCAAUUGCCGCUGCAGUCGCCUCUGCCAAUGUGCAGAGGUAUAACUUGCAGAGCAAAGUGAAAGUAAGACAAGGAUCUUGGUUUGAGCCACUCAAGGAUGAAGGGAUAGAACUGGAUGGGCUUGUGAGCAAUCCACCAUACAUUCCAACCCAACACAUUGCAGGUUUACAAUCUGAAGUUGCUAAACAUGAACCGAAACUGGCGUUGGAUGGUGGACCAGAUGGUUUAAAAGAUCUUUUGCAUCUUUGCAAGGGAGCUGCUUCAGUGUUGAAACCGGGCGGUUUCUUUGCUUUCGAGACGAACGGGGACGAACAUAGUAAACUUCUGGCUAAUUACAUUGAAACAGAGAGUAAAGGUGCAUUCUCUGAUGUGAAGAUAGUGUCUGAUUUUAAUGGUGUUCAUAGAUUCAUCACUGGAUUCAGAGCUGGAUGAUCAUUCUCUGUUAGUGAAAUGCUCUUUAGAGUAGAUUCUUGAGAAAUGGCAUUUUGAUUCAUGUGCAAAAAAUGUCACUGUGGUUGGUAAUAUAUUCACUCCAGUCUCAAUUAAAACCACAAAACUCUGCUUCAUAAGAGAUGCUGCCAAAAAACUCAUAUCUCUUACCUAUAAGGGUUGUUCUUCGGUUCUGGCAAACUCGUAUCUCAUUAAGGUUCAUAACACUAGCAUGGACCUUAGGACCAUGAAAUAAUUUGCCUACUUUUCUUUUAUAAUCCGUUUAUGUGUGUUCUU